GUCACCAACAACUGCAAGGGCUCCCCUUUCACAUCUAGGAAUGCACUGUUGGUACAAAGUAGAUGGGUGGCUGUGUGUGUGUGUGUGUGUGCACAUAGAGCACACAGGACAUGCAGACAGACAGAUAGCAGGGUGUGUGGUUUGAAUGAAGUGAGAGAAACUUUGAGAAGGAGGAAGAAGAAUGUUACGUGACACUCGCAGAAGCUGCUAAAGGGGAACUUGGCUCAACUGCUGCAAAUCAAAGGCGUGACUCGGAGAACUGAUGGAAAUUAAAGUAUUAGCGGCUAUUUGAGACAGCACAAUCAGGAGAGAGGGAGCAGAGAGGGAGAGAAAGAAAACAAGAUAGGGCAGAGGUUGCUUUCAAUCUAAUCUGGGUCAGCACCAUGGGAAAGUCAGGUAAGUGAAAACUGCACCCUGAAGAUUUUCACUCUGACUGCAGCAAUUUGGCCUGAGUGAGAACUUUGCCUCCAUGAAAUGUUGUGAGUGAAUGGAUGUGUUUUUUAUUGUUCUGUUUGUGUGCUUCACCAGCUCAGAAAAAAAGGGAAAAGACAUUUAUAAUUACUAUUUUAUUGUGGUAGACAUUCAAAAUACUCUGCAAUCCUUUGCUAGGAUUCAUUUUGCAGCAUGCUGAUUGUGUUGCUGUUUCAAUGUGCCUAUUGUCCAAGUGCCUUAGAGACUGCUGGGCAUAAGAAAAGGCCAGUGAGUGAUAGGCACCAGGCAGGAAGAGGGGGUGGGGUGGGGAUGACGUGUUCUACUUCAUCAGUUGUCAUGAGUUACAGCUACUGUCUGAGGUCAGUCAGGUGGUGUCAACAUCUGUGGGGUUUUCUCACUGUCAGUGUCUGCUUGAACUUGAAAAGGCUGAGGAGACAAAAGAGGAUGCAGACAGCUCAACUUCUCUUCAUUCCGUUUUUAAGAUAAGUUUUCCCAGGGUUAGUGUGAGGGUAAGUCAGGGAGUGGUGGAGUAGCAUAAAGACAGGGUGGGGUAGGGUGAGGUAUGGAAAGGUGGGGGGAAUGGGAACUUUGGGGCAAAUGGGGUUUGUUAGGGUAGGGCAGAGUUAUGUAGGGUAGGGUCAGGUAGCUUACAGCAGAAAGGGUUUGGUAAGGUAAUCAACACAAUAUCACAUAAAAUAAAUCAGAUAUUCAUUUUUAAUUAGAAAUUAAUUUUUAUGAUAUUACAAAAUCAUUAUUAUUUAUCUAUAUCAGAAGUGGAACUAAAUAAUUCAAAGCAAAAAAGCAAAUCAAAUUACCACAGUUGUAUCAUGUGGAAACAUGGUACCACCUCAUUAACUCUGUUUCAACCUUCCUCCUGUGUUAGCUUUUACUACGCACCCACCACUUCAAGGGUCGGUUUUGACCCGUGUGUUAAAUCAGCUGUAAAUCACACUAAAAACAAUUCUCUAUCAUUCAAUUUGGUUCUCAUCUCUAGGUUACUUUGUUCGGCUUCAUCAUCCAUUAAAAUAUUGCUUGUAAUAGUUUUUGAAGUGGGCCUCUGGGCCUUUCUUUGUCAGUGUACCCCUCAUACAGAGAUCUAUAAUGAAUUGAUCUCACAUGUCUGGACAUGCCUAAGGCUGUUUUUUGUGCAGGGAAAAAUGAGAAUUUCCUAAAUUUCACAUGAUUGGAAGAGGAUCUGACUGUCAGUGUUAUGCCUGACAGUGCACUUGUGAUUUCAGAUUUUGCUCUAAUUAUUAGAUAUUGAUCUAACUGGGUCAACUGCGACCCUAACAAGACAAGUGCCAUAACUUUAAUAAGAGCAUUUUAUAAUUUAGUCAAUUAAAUUAUUUUAUUUUAUUUUGUUGAAAUAGAGGUUCCUGACAAAGUCAAAAAGUCUUGAUGCAAAAAAAAACCUUAUUUAAGUGGUUCUUUUAAGCAUUUAAAAUCAAAAACGGGUUGGUGCAGACCCUAACACAGGAGGAGGGUUAAUACAAAUGCUAAACACAGUUGAAUGAUUGAGUACACCACCACAGAGAAGUAGGAUGUUUGUAACGUACAAACUUGACUUUUUUACCCUGUAUCUUUAUGUUUCAUCAUCAUAUUUCCUUUCCUCUCUCUGGCUGUCUAACCCUUCCGGUCCCCGUCCUGUCUGUCUCUCAGCCUCGAAGCAGUUUGCAGAUGAGGUGCUGCAGUGCCAUAAUGAGUACCGGAGGAAGCACCAGGCUCCUCCACUGAAGCUGUGUAGCAAGUUGAGCAAAGAGGCGACCCGGUGGGUGAACACACACACAUAUCAAAUUAGAAACCUAAUUAGCGAAGACCACACUUAGCAGUCAUUGUCAAAGUGCUCUGGAUUACAGUGACAGUUCCAGCAUAGCCUGUCAUAUCAAAUACUUACAAAGAAUAACACCUCAUUGAGGAUCAUGGUUGGUUUUCACUGUGAUACCUUAUUGUGUUGACAACUUAUUUUCACAGAGUGCAGCCGCACGGUUUUUAUCAUAAUAAUUUUAUCUUCUCAGUAAACAAAAAGCGUAUGAAUGCUGUAAAAGAAAAUAGAGGCUGGGUGACUUUUGUUCCAUUUCCAAGUGAGUCUGAAUGUUAAAUAAAAGCAGCAAUAUUCAGCACCAAAACUACUUUUCAUUGUGAAAAGCAUGGAAUUGUAUAAUCAGAGUCAAACAUCAAGAAAGUAUGGGUGAGAAAAAUACUAAGGUCUUAUUGUUUUUUGAUAUGUGAGAAUAUAUCUUUAAAGCUCUAGUAGGGAACCUUUUGUUUGUGUCGAUUUUGGUCUCCCCUGUGGACAAAGCAGUCUCUGUUCAUAUUGUUUUCUACAUGCUUUCAUAGCAUCUUCUGACUAAAAAUCAUUCUGCUGGCCUCUGACUGUGAGGUUAAUCUUUUUUAAUUUAUUUUAUUUUAUUUUAUUUUUUCGUGAAUAUCUGACGUGUGACUCCACUGACAUCUACCCAAUCACAACAAGUUCAGGCAUUAGAAAUUAGAGUAUAAAAAUCCUCAGUCUUGGCUCUAGUUGUUUUGUUCGCUUUUGUUUACCAUCAAAAGUUAUCAAUAUGAAUUUAAGUCACUUUCAUUGAUGUCAAAAAACUGCUUAUAGGAACUUUAAGGUGCAGAGUAAACGCCUCAGAGGAUAUGUGUUUAUUAUACUGCAAAUACUACUAUUAAUCGUAUUAAAACUGGUGAAUAUUUAGGUUAUGUGUGACAGUCGUUGUUUCUAAAGGCACUUGGCAGUUUAUUUAAUCAUAUAUGUCUCACCAUUUGUCAAUUUACAGCUUAUGAUAUGUAUAAAAAAUGUAAAUGCAAAACAUUUUUAAAUUAAUGAGUUAAAAAAUCUUACUCGAGCUAAAGUUGUGGACACACCUCACUGGUGUCUCUAACACCACAUGGUUACUUAUAAAGGCUUUGAAGCAGCAACAAUGAUAAGUUACCAUCAAGUUCAGAUACACUCUGAUCCAGUUUACACUCUUUGCUUGUAAAUGUUUCUGAAUGAUGCUGCUACUUAACAAUCUUGAUGAAACGGGUUGAUGAGAAUGUUAUAUCUGCUGAAAGUUGCUGAAAGCUGCUGUUGAACCAGUUUUGAUAUCCAGCCCAACACUAAAAGCUGUUUGACAAGCUGUUUUCAGUGCCUACAUUGAAUAUUUACAUAAGAUACAAGCUCUGUGGAGAGGAUUUUUCACUGUUUACUCAGAGGGCGAAGGCUUCUAGGAAAGCUGAAUCUUAAGAGGUCAGGAGUUUUAAAGUAUACACAACCACUCAAAGCGGCUAUCCCCCCAGUCCAUUGGUUGAUAUUUGCAGGAGUACAAGCAAUGACAUCUGUUUUAACAGUGCCCCCCAUGAGUUUCCUUUUUUCUCUGUUUAUAGUUAUGCUGAGAGCCUGGCUAGCACACGGAUCCUGAAGCACAGUGUGGAGUCCAGCAGGGGGAGCUGUGGAGAGAACCUGGCAUGGGCCUCCUAUGACCAAUCAGGUAAAGUAUAUACUGUACACGCAGCAUUCACACAAACUCAAACUAACUGAAUGAUAUUUACUCUGUGAAACCCUCCUAAGAUACUUCUACACAGAUCUAUUCGAUGCACCCCUCCAUAGCUACUUUAGUUUAGUAUACAAGGCCAAAUACCCCACAAAGUCAACAGCUGGGAUCUAUUUCCCCCGUACUUUCCCACUGUGUUUGAGACGCUAUGACUCAUUGCAGAGUUAUGUCAGCACAGGACAGCAUGAUUCACGAAAAUCUCCUACAGUGCAGCACUGGGCGACAAAAAAAUGACCGCUGUGAACAACAUGUGCCAGAAUGAGAUGUAAAACUGCAGGGUGCAAACCUCCUACAUCACUGUCAAUCUGAUCAAUACAUGUGAAAGAGUGAUGUGAUUGCUGCUUGAGUUGAAGUUGAGUUUGUCAUGUGCUUGUGCAGGAAAGGAUGUGACGGACCGCUGGUAUGAUGAAGUGAAACAGUACAACUUCAACCGUCCAGGAUUCUCCUCUGGUACCGGUGAGGUUCACGCAACAGUAUCUGUCUGUCUGUCUGUCUGUCGCUUUCUGUUUCUGUUUCUCUCAGUCAGCUGAAAACCACCUCAGGUCAACAAUGUGAACACCAAACUGGGCUGGAAAAGUGUAUUUGUCUAAAAUAUCUCACUACACAUAAUAUAAUAACCAGGUUUGUCCCAUUGAGAUCCAAAAUUUCUUUUGCAAGAGAGACCUAGCCAAGGAUGGCAGCACAUAGAAUCUGAACAUAUAGUCACAUUUAUCAUAAUUAAUCAAAAUACAAAUAAUUAUUGAAUUUACAAGAUUAGUCCAUAUGAGGCGCACUGACCUGAAAAUAGGGGAGAGUGGGGUAAGUUGAGCCAAAGGGUAAGUUGAGCCACCCCCUGAUGCUUGGAAAUGGUAAAAGUAAUUGAUCAUGUGAUAUGUAGGAGAUGGGCAUCAAUUCAUGGAGUCUGUGAAGGUUAGAAGCACAUGGGUGAAGGAGUUAGACAUUUAUUUCCAAAAAAAACCAUUUUUCACUCUUGAAAGUGAAUUUAGUCUGUCAUCAGUUUUAUUAGAAUUGUGUUCAGACCAAAAAAGAUCAUUUUAAAUUUGGGUGUACGGUUCAACUUACCCCACUCCUAUCAACACGGUUAUAUUUACACUCAUUCUGUUGGUUUGCAGGGAUGCACAACAUCCUGAAAUAUAUGCAGAUACACUAGUUAGAGACAAAACUCUGAUUGUCUUGAUGUAGUGAUCUGAAAUAUGAAAAAAUGGCUGAUCUUACCCCACUUUCCCCUACCAGUCUGUUAGAGUCCCUUCAGUUGGUUAAUAGUUUCCUGUUACCUCCAACUCUGUUCAACUCAAUAACAAACUGAUCCAUACAAAGUUUCCUGACAGAGAAAAUAGGGAUACAGCGUUCAGAAAGUAAGCAUGUGUCUUCAAUCUAUUAUCACUUAGCUUCAACCUUUUUCUCAUGCUGUCUUUGCUUUGAAUUUCUUUUGUUUUAAUAUGUCGUAUUUCUCUCACCAUCUUAGGCCACUUCACAGCAAUGGUGUGGAAGAGCAGCACAAAGCUGGGCGUGGGAAAAGCCACAGCCUCAGAUGGUUCUUCCUUUGUGGUGGCCAGAUACACCCCAGCUGGGAACAUCACAAACCAGGGACACUUUGAGAACAACGUCCUCCCUGCUAAAACCACUACCUAAAGAGGUCUGAAUACCCAGCUCUUGACUAAAGCCAGGAGCCAUUUGUUCAAAUUUUCAGAGGAGUCUGAAGUUAUCUGCCUGAUGCGCAGGAUUCUCAGGAGACCAUGCCUUGUACUUGUCUUGUAGAGAGAGCUUUCUCGUAUGGACUUUAAGAGAUGAAACACACUCGGGCUUAAAGUCUUGUACUCGUCUUUUGAAAAUGGUUCAGUGUAUGUUUAUACUGGUGGGAGCCUCCCUGUAUCAAAUAAAUAACCACAUCUUUCGAGAUCACAACACUUAAAGGUUGGUGGUAAUUUAAAUUUCCUAUGACAGUAUUUUAUUCAUUAACAAUAUACAUAAAUCUUUCACAUGCUGAAAAGACUUAACGCAUCUGUAUAUCACAAUUGUCUUUGUGUAAGAAUGAGAACUAAAGUGACAAGAUUAACACACUGAUAAGGAUAAGUGAAGCCAUUUCUUGUGAUGUGACUGUGAUUUGAAGUCUAAUAAGUUUUAUACCAUGAAGGUGAAACGUGUGCGGUAUCUGUUGGCAAUCCCUUGCGUGAUCUGUGAUAUGUGCUAUUAAGAGUGAAGAGAGAAACAGAAGAAGAUGGGAGUUAAAUUUCAUAAUGGUACUUUUUUUAUAUAAAGUUUGACUUGUAAACAAUGACUUGUGACUUACAAGAAUUAUUUUUCUAAAGUUGGUAUUAAAGGUUUUUUCAUAUCUCUGAGACUCAUUAAUCUUCUGGUUGGAAAACUGAUUUUAAGUUUGAGAGCAUGUCUUUUACAUCGUAACAUUACCUCUACAGACACUGCUUCUGAACAAUGUUAAUAUGCUUUAUGCAAUGGGUGUGCAUCAAAGCAGCUUAUUUGCAAUGCUGCAUCUCAAAAGCCAUUGCAAAAUGAUGUGAUUUUUAUGAAUUUUUUUUUAUUUCAUUUUAUUUUAUUUAUUUUUGAUUAAAAAAAAAGUGGGGAGAAAAAUGAGUCGCAAUGGAUAUAUUGAUGGUCAAUCCCUAAAAUAAAUUAAGGAAAAUUAACCAAA